AUGAGUUAUUACUUUGUACAUUCAUUCUCAGGACGCUACCCUAAUGCCCCAGACUAUCAGCUGUUAAAUUAUGGGGCCGGCAGAUCCAUGGAUGGAUCCUAUAGAGAUCCAGGCAACAUGCACGCCGGCUCUUACGGGGGAUACAAAUACAAUGGAAUGGAUCUGAGCAUCAGCGGAUCAGCCACCACCACCUCCUCCUCCUCCUCCUCCUCCAGCCAAUUUGGAGCAGUUGGGGAGAGCUCUCGUGUCUUUUCUGCCCAGGCAGCGCUCGAAAGCAGGUUAAGAGAGGCGUUCAGCUGCUCCUUGUCCUGUCCCGAAUCCCGCCCUUGCACAAGCAGCACCAGUAGUGGUGGCGUCAACGAAAGCCGUGGAGGCAAGAUAGCGGGGUCCUCCCACGAACCAGUAGCUUCUGUCGGCGCAGUUAGCGUCACCGCGUUUGCCGAAAUACACGAAACCAGCACGUCCUCACGAACCGAAGAAAGCGGUUCUCAAGCCAACAACAGUGCCCGAGUUCAGACGGAGCCGAAUGCCACCUCCACACCAGCCGCAUAA